AUGUGCAUUGGACUUCACAUCCAGUGGUCAUUAUUGUAUUCCGAAAUUUUUGCUGAUGACAAUCCUAAUACUGAUAGCACUACUCUCCUGGCUUGGGCUAAUAUGGCAAAAAAUUCAUUGCAAAUGUGGAAUGGAUUUAGUAGUUAUCAAAUUGUUCUAGGAAAGAAUCCUAACCUUCCUAAUAUUUUGAGCGGUAAAAUACCUUAUAUCCAUGGAUCUACAUCAAGUGAUGUUCUUCUGAAACAUUUAAAUGCUCUACAUUCCUCCAGAAAAGCUUUUAUGCAAAGUGAAUGUGAUGAAAAAAUUAGACGAGCUCUGAGACACCAGAUCCGAGCAGUAGAAGAACAUUUCAAACCUGGUGACUCAGUGUUUUAUAAACGGGAAGGUCAUAAUAAGUGGUUGGGUCCUGCCAAGGUUAUAUUUCAAGAUGGUAGGCUAGUAUUUGUUCGACAUGGUGGAGUCUAUGUUAGAGUUUCAACAAAUCGUAUUAUCAAAGAUUUUCCACAACCCAGUUUGGAUACUGUUGUUACACAUAAUGAUGUUUCCUCUUCUAAUACCACAAAACACUCUUCACAAGGGUCUAGCUGUCCAAAUGUUUUCAGUGAAGUGAUAGGUGAACCAUCAGUAAGCACCCCAGGUGACGUUGAUACUCCUGAAAAUGUUCAUGGAGACAGCGAACAUUGUGAUAUAGAUGACAUUCGUAUAAAAAAGAAUGAUAAAAUUCAGUUCAGAGUGUCGGAAAAUGAGGAUUGGAAGACAGCAACAGUUCUCAGCAAAGCUGGCAAAUCAACAGGUGCAUACAGGCAUUGGUUUAAUGUUCAGUUAGACAAUGGACAGACUCAAAGCCUUGAUAUGGAAUCUAUUAAAUGGAAAAAGUUUGAUGAGGAGAGUUUUGCUGUGUUCAUGCCAACUUCUCAACAUGGUAAUCCAGACUGUGGCAAACUUGGUCAACUUCAAGCCUUAGUUAUGCAAUUAUUAGGUGAAAGAAAUAUGUUACAUAGUUAUAAUGAAGAAUCUUUAUUACAAAAAUCUACUGAUAGUGAUAUACAACCUCAUUUAUCAGCCCAGAAACCUCAACAUCAUCAUCAUCGCAACAAUAAUCAUCAUCAUCAUGGAAACGGUUUACCUAAUGGUAAUGCAGGUGAUUGGCCUGAUUAUACCAGUUCAGAAGAUGAGAGUGAUAAUAGUGAAGUAGAACAAAUAGUUGGUGGUGUUGAUACUAGUUGUGAUCAUGAACAUAGUGGACAAACUACCCCAACUCGUGACCCCAGCCCCACCCUCUCAACACCUACCCCUGAUAGCCAUUCUAAUAAUAACAUUAAAACUACUGGCACUGUAGAAGAGGAUCAAACAGCACAUAAAAUAUUACAUUUACUAUCUGAAAUAGGACAUUCUAAUUUAGUGGAACAAGUUUCUUUUACUGAACGUAACUUUUUACCAUGUAAAUAUUGUAAAGGACGACUAAUGAUUGUAUAA